AUGUCCUUGUGCCUCAGAUUCGGAGCCAUGUCGUUUGGCGGCAUUGCCGUGGCUCCUCCGGCUCCCUCAUCCAUCUUGAGCGGCCUCUCGUUGGCACUUCCUCGUCUACCCACUCUUAGACAAUUUUUGCCGCAAGCAGCUCCUCAAGUGUCCACAGAUCCAAGACUAGAGGAAUUGAAAAAGCAAAUAGAGGAAACAGGCGACACUCCCUUUUUGAUAGAUAACGGGAUGAUCUUGAGGGCAGCACCAAAAAAGAGAACGUCACACCGUAGGAGAAGAGAGAAGUUGUAUGCAUCUGGAGACAAAAAGAUCAAGCCUUUGGAGAACUUGGUGAGGUGUCCAGCAUGUGGCCAUGUUAAGAGAUCUCAUUUCAUGUGCAUGCACUGCUUUGCCGAGAUCAGAACGUUUUUGAAGAGCAAAAAGAAGGCGUUGUUCCCAGAGCCAACCGAAGUCAAGCAGGAGCUCGAUCCAGUGGACGAGCAACUCGUGUAUCCUAAGAGGAGAUUGAGAAUGGAUGAGUUGCCUGGAAACUUGCUUUGUUCAGACGUUCUUUUCAGGCCCUUUCAGUGCUCCCAAGUAGACUACUCCACCGCCUUCGCCAAGGUUAUCAGGGAGGAAGAAAUGUAUCACAGAGACAAUUUGCUAUCGGAGGAUCUUCUCGACGAGACGUUGCCCGCGGGUAGAAUUCCUAGAAUUCCAGAGAAGCUCCUCACCCAGAGAGCCUUUGACAAGACUUGGAGCAAUAAGCCGUUCAUUUUGACAAAUAGCGAUUCGUCUAGGUGGCCCCACUGGGAUUUGGCUGCGCUUCUAGAGAGAUUUGCAGAUGUGAAAUUUCGCCAGGAAGCCGUUCAAUGGCCCUUAUCGUUAUAUUCUCAGUACCUAGCCGAGAACAGAGAUGAGAGCCCAUUGUACUUGUUUGAUUGCAAUAGCUCUGCCAUGCAAACACUCAAAAACGAGUAUGUGGUGCCUGAAGUAUUUCAGAAUGACGCCUUCAAAGUGUUUGGCAAGUGUCGUCCCGACCACGCUUGGCUUAUUAUUGGGUCUCAGCGAUCAGGGUCUACUUUCCAUAAAGACCCCAACUGCACCCUGGCCUGGAAUACAGCGCUAGUAGGUCGCAAGCUUUGGAUCAUGCUUCCCUCUGAAAUCGUACCUCCUGGUGUUAGCACUAACGAUGACGAAAGUGAGGUGACAAGUCCAGUAGGAAUAGCCGAAUGGGUCCUUUCUGGGUUCUACAAUGAUUGCGUCAAAAACCCCUCUGCUCGGAUCGGUAUUACUUUUCCAGGUGAAUGCAUGUAUGUGCCAUGUGGGUGGUGGCAUAUGGUGAUCAAUCUAGACGACAGCGUUGCCCUUACCCAAAACUUCGUGCCUAGUGUAAGGUUAGGUAAUGCGCUAGAUUUUAUGAAAAACAAGAAAACACAGCUCUCAGGAUUCCGUCCAGCUGAAGUCAAGCAUGCCCUUGAGGAGAUCUUAGCAGCCAGCAAAAAUGAUGAUGAUGUUGAGACCAUCAGAGAGUGGGUGAAGAAGUUUAAUGAGCUCAAUCUCAACGAGUCCAUGCUUAAUGAAGAUUGCGGUGAAAUUUCAGGGCUUCCAGCAAUGCCUAUCUUGGAGCUUUUCAAGAAGUUGCUCAUACAGUUUGGGAUGGAAAAAGACUUGGCAAGAGGACUUGAAGAUCUAGCAAAGAUCGAGAAAGCAGAACUUGCGAAGACAACAGGAAAGAGUGAAACGUGGACUAAGCUCACUGCAGCGGCGCUGUUUAGUUUUGGUUUUGCUUUGGAAGAGUAA